AUGGCGGGCCCGCGUGGUGUCCAGAUCGCUGCUCGCCUUCUCCAGCGGGGCACCACGUCCACGAGUCUCGUGCAGGCAGGGCACCGACCCAAUUUCGCUCUUUGGAGUUCUUCUCCCGGCAGCUCUAUAGCAAAACGGGCACUAUUCCAUGCGAAGCCCGCGCAAGCGGCUCAACCUGCUGUUGCCGAGACCGAGCAAGAUGACCAACUCGAAUCCUCCAACCCUGCCAUGUCGUUUCCAUGCCUGGACGCUCAAGAGCAGAAAACAGCAAGGUUACAAAGCCGAUCGAUGGACUCUGGCCCAGAGCCAUCAUACACGACCGGAAAACACCUUGUAUUUCGCAGCAGGGAGCCCUUCUUGCUGGACUGGGGAGGAACUUUACGAGAAUUUGACGUUGCGUACGAGACAUGGGGCGUGUUGAACGCAGACAAGAGCAAUACCAUACUUGUUCAUACCGGCCUAUCCGCCUCGAGCCAUGCUCACAGCACCGAAGCCAACCCCAAGCCCGGAUGGUGGGAAAAGUUCAUCGGUCCGGGCAAAGCUUUGGACACUGACAAGUACUUUGUGAUCUGCACGAAUGUCAUCGGAGGCUGCUAUGGCUCGACGGGCCCUUCAUCGGUCGAUCCCUCUGACGGCCAAAGAUAUGCCACGCGCUUUCCAAUCCUGACUAUGGACGACAUGGUCCGGGCCCAGGCGAGGUUGCUGGAUCAUCUUUCGAUUGACAAGCUGUACGCAAGUGUGGGCGCAUCCAUGGGUGGCAUGCAGUCGCUGGCAUUUGGUGUCCACUUUCCGGAGCGCGUUGGAAAGAUUGUCUCCAUUUCCGGCUGCGCACGCUCUCAUCCGUACAGUAUUGCGAUGCGACACACGCAACGCCAGGUCUUGAUGAUGGAUCCCAAGUGGAACCGAGGCUUCUAUUACGACGGCAUUCCCCCUCAUUCCGGCAUGAAACUUGCUCGCCAAAUUGCGACGGUGACUUAUCGCAGCGGUCCAGAGUGGGAGCAGCGCUUUGGUCGCGCACGUGCUGAUCCUUCAAAGCCCCCCGCACUAUGUCCUGACUUCUUAAUUGAGACAUACCUGGACCAUGCAGGAGAGAAGUUCAGCCUGGAAUAUGAUCCAAAUUCUCUUCUAUAUGUCUCCAAAGCGAUGGACAUGUUCGAUCUUGGCGCAGCACAUCAGAAAGAUACGCGCCAGCGGCGUGCGGAAAACCAGUCUCGGCUAAACCAGCGCAAGAAGAACGUCAAAGACGAUCCAUCGUGCAGUCUGAGUUUACCCGAUCAGAAAUACGAGGAGACAGUUGCAACCGCACCUAUGGAUGAGUCAGUGGUCUCAUCACCAAAAGACAACCCCCCACAGGACCUGGUCGACGGCAUGAAAGCUCUGCAGCAUCAUCCAGUGCUUGUUAUGGGAGUGUCCAGCGACAUCUUAUUCCCAGCAUGGCAGCAGAGUGAGAUUGCGGAAACGAUCCGAGCUACAGGUAAUACCCAGGUACAACAUAUUGAGCUCGGAGAAGAUAUCAGUUUGUUCGGCCACGACACGUUUUUGCUCGACACGAAGUACAUUGGAGGUAAUCUGGGCAAGUUCUUAGCAUGA